AUGUCAGUUUCGAAAUCCCUUCCUGCGUCAAGUACACAGGCGCCAACGCUUCUGCUAUGCGAAGCUCUGGGGUUCUCACCUCAGAUUCUGCUCGACGACAUAAUAAACAUCGCCAAUAACGCCGUGCAAGAUGGUGUCAACGGCAUGGAAGAAUUUCUCGAAAAGUGGGCUGAGGAACGCGCUUCUCGAGGCAAUACCGCUGCCAUCGACAGCACGCACGAGGUAGAACAGGGCUUGGUCGCGUUCCAGACGUUGCUGGAGUACCACACGGACAUUGCGUUCGAUUUCUUUGAGGGAUGGUCGUUGCGAAAUAUCUUCCAUAUUCCACCUGAUUUACCCAUUGUCCUUCCGCAUCAAGAGGGAUUGGAUUUAACAGUGACGGCUGAGAGAGAACAAGAGCUCAUGAAUGAGAUGGAGGAUCUUAGGAAUCAGCUUGAUAACCAAAGGAAACUUAAUCGACUCCUCACCCGCGCUGUGCGCGUCUCAUCACAGAAACGAAAGGUGGCAGAGAUGCGUCUGGGUAAUCUCUCCCAUCUCGCAUCGUCCCCUUCCGUUCCUUCGCCUCUCGACAAAAUGAAGGCCAUUCCACCGAAGUUUCUGAGCAUGUACCAAGCACUAUCUACACUACCCCAACCGGACCGACAGCUCGACACACCCGUCGAUCCGGGGCAGAGACAAUGGGAGACGAACAAGAGUGGGUAUGUUAACUGGGCAGUAGAUAGGCUGUUGGCCAAGGGAGGCGCAGAUCGGGGUGGGAGCAGGGCGGUGGAUAACCUGGAGACGGCGGCUGAUGAGCUGGGGACGGCGCAGGAGUUGAGGACCGCAUUAGCAGCUGUUGGGGAUGUGAAGGCCGAUUUGGAGGAGGCAAUGGAUGAAUCUUAA